AUGAAUCGCGGCAACAUUCCAGGAUAUUACUACGAUGAAGCCAAGGGAAAAUACUUCAAGAUCCAGGCCAACCAUGCCGCUCCUCCGCAGGCCAAAUAUUCGAGAUAUCACGUCGAGAGGGAACAGCGAGAGACUAAGAAGCGCAAGCUGGAACAGGAACGCGACGCGAUCGUUAAGAAACAGACGGUGCCUGCUGCAAACCUCUUGAAGCAUCCCCUCCUGGGUCGUAGUGGUCUUCAGAGGGUGAGUGUGGGUCUGGAGUCAAUAGAGCAAAUCUCGAUUUCUAACGUCUUCCAGGAACAUGGAGAUCGACCGCACGCCUUCGAUCGCAGACACAGAGAUUCGGCCUUCGUUCAGGGUCUGGAGCCCAACAACAUAGACAUCAGCCUGACUGGCUUUCUCGACAACACGUUCAGGAUUUCCGACACUCACUACCUAUCCGAGACUUCACAACAACUGUUUGCCAUCUCACACGGUCCUGCGAGCCACGCUAUCUACUGCCACGAUCGCAAAGACUGGUCCCAAAAGCAGACCCUGCCGCAGAGGCCGGCAUCCUAUGCGUUCCACGAGGCCAUCACCGUCCUUGUUCCAGUCUCCUUCCAAGACACAACGUAUGCCGUGGCCUGUACAUCGACUCCCAACGACUUCUCCGGCAACGUCUUUGUCGGAGCGUUGCCACUGCCCGGCCAAGAUCCCAGGGAUGCCGACUCCAGUCCCAGCGGGUGCUUCUUCAAUGUGGGAAAGGCCGGAGACGAGCUCUGGGACUGCAAGCUGAACACCAAUGGAAACGCAGCAUUCGUGGGCUCUUUCGGUGCCGUCGUCCGCCACAUUAGCGACUUGCCCAAUGGCACCACUUUCGCCGGUCACAAUGGCUCUAUGGAAGCCUUUGCAUGCGAUUGGUUGGACUGCAACACGCUGGCAAUAGGCACACGAGCUCAAAGUCGAAAGAGGUUCUUCCACGGUGUCCAGCUGUGGGACGUGCGGACCGAAGACUCGGCCGAGAGAUUCAAGCGAGAUGGCAAGGGACGAGUCGUCGCCAUCAAGACCCCGAACCCCCACGGCACCAAUCUGCUCGUGGCCAGCACGCAAGAGAUUGAUCUCUACGACACACGGAUGGGACAAGGACCGCUCAUGUCCAUCAAACACAGCUCUGGAUCCACGCGUUUGCACCUCUCGACGCAUGGGAACCUGCUGGCCGCACCGGACCAAUACAAUCAGAUCCAGGUCUACUCUCUCGCUUCUGGACAGCCUCUCCGCUCUUUCGGCUCGCAAGUGCCAUAUUUGUUGCAGAAGCCGCGUUGGCAAGAAGACGCUCGCGGUACAUUGUACCUGCAAGCGUGUGCUAAGAACACCAUUUGGCAAUGGGAGUGGUGA